CAGACAACUUGUCUCCUCCUGCCUCACUUCCCGCGAGUGUGGAGAGUGUAGACGCUGGUGUUCUUGAACUUGGAAUCAUGAGUGCCUGGACCCAUAAUGACACUUUUGUCACCAGUGUAGAGCAAAGUGAAAGCGUUCGCGCCGAACCUCCUUCCAGCGGUCCAACUGAUGAGUCUGGUUCUGAUAGGUCUUGUGGCUGUUGGCCCUGCUGGGGAGGUAUCGAAUGCCCCCUUAGCUUCUGAAGACGGGGAAGAACUUGGCUCAGUCACAAUGAGUAUCAGUCCUAUUAAGUGGGGGCCUUGGAAGCCCGGACAGUGGCAGCACCUCACAAACCUCAAUCACGUAUGUACACUCGAGAGCCGGUCGGACUGGCUCAUGGUUCAGUGUAGGAUAUAUGGGAGGGUGACGGUCAUUUGAUAAAAGGGAAAUAAUGAGCAAACAAAGCCUCGUGAGGUACAGCACCUGACUCGGCGCGUACGCGUAAACAACAGAAGUGCAUUAGAAGGAAUUUGAUAAAAUCAGGACGGGUACGCUUCUUCGGGACAAAGGCUGAAGAAUGUUGGCAAGCCGCCUCUAACGCGGGUAAAUGACGCAGGAUUGUCGCUGACAACGGUGACAUACGGAGCGCCAAUACCGACCAUCCGAGAAACCUGAUGGUAUGGUGCUAGUGCGGGGUACGCAUGAACCACUAGUAGGAGGAGAAUCGGGGUAGGGCGGCGUUGGUGAGGAGAACAACGAAGGACUUCGGGAACAGACACGAAAACAUUAUUGGGAAUUUCGGC